AUGGAAUCAUCUGGUUUCUUCAUAAUCUGUCUUCUCCAUUCCUCAAUCGCCAUAUCAUGCGGUGGCUUGAUCAUGUUUUGCCUCAAUGAGAUCUCGGUUUUCGGCCAUGGAAUCGAGACUGCUCGGAAACUAUCAGGAUCGACGCCACAUGAUCAGCUGUUGAUACAGACUUCUCAUUCUUUCGUGGGAUUGCUUCUUUGUGGCAUUGGAUUGAUCUAUUUCAUGGUUGCAUUUGUUAAAGAUCGAGAGUUUCAAAGCUUUUUCGCGAAAGGGUGUGUGAUUCUUCACUUGUCAAUGGCUCUGUGGAGAAUUUAUUUUGAGAGGAAACUCGAAGAUUUGGCUAGCGAUUGGCCUAAGCAAGUCGUUGGCGACACUCUCCUCGCGACUUCUUGGUUGUCUUUUUUGGUGUAUUCUUGGAGAGAAAAAUACGAUUAG